CAAACACUAAUCACAGUAAAGGAGAAAACUGUAACUAAUGAAGGUUUUCAUAAGUUUUUUUGUAAUACUCAUAUUUACAGCACAAAUAAGUUGCAACUAUGAUUGCAAAAAUGCCAUCAAUAUGUACAUUUAUAGGCGUUCUCUCGGUAUGGUUGUAAAAAGUGAAGAGGACAAAAUCUUAAAAUAUUGUAAUUUGUUUAACUUCGAUGACACUUUUAAACGAAUACAGUUAUGUGAUUGUACUACAACGUCUGCAAUUGAUCAGGAUAAACCAAUACAAGUGAUACACAAUUACAUGACCGAUUUCAAUGAGAGUGAUAAAAUAAAUUGCAAAGAAGAAUAUGAUGCAAUUCUGGUUGCCACGGACCGUCGAAAUUACGACGAUUUACCACUUGAAUAUGAAAAAUUUUAUCUUUGUAAGCAGAGGCUUACGUAAGCUUCAAAAAACUAUUAUGAUACCAGCAAUGAAUAAAUAUACCUAAUAAAUAUAGCUUGUUGAAACAUAAAUACUUAAAUAAAAUUUAAAGUAAA